CCCGAAGAAUCCAGCGCUCAAGUCUAAAAUUAUGACACUUAAGUACCCAACACCCCCACCAAAAAAAAAAAAAAACCAAAAGAAAACAAGAAAAAAAGAAAACAAGAACAAAUAUAUUUGAUGGCUUGAUGCUGGAUACCUCUCGCCUUUUACCUUCACUUCGAUUUUUCAAAUCAUUGAAUCGCUAUAAAGUCUCUGAACCUAUCCGUUCCUGAUUGGCAUCCUCAAUUUCUCAUGAUGCCGUCUGCCAUCUCUCAGUUGCUCCCGCCCACCGAAGCUUGCCUUUUCCCCGGCGGCUCUUCCCAGGUGUUCCGCCGUCAGCCGCCCUCAUCGGCGCCCAAAAGCAAAUCCAACGGGUUCAGAAGCGUAACUCGUAGAUUGGCUGUGUCCGUUGACGAGGUUCCGGCGACGAGGACCAUCGAGAAACUGACGUUGGAGAAGAAUGAGAUUGAAUGGGAGGAAGAAGAGGAACGGGAAGGAGAGAGACGUAAGAGUGGCUGGAAGGCUUAUUUGGAAGAGUCAAAGGAACUAAUCAAAUCGGAUGGGGGACCGCCUCGCUGGUUUUCGCCGCUGUACGGCGGUUCGCGGCUCAACAACUCUCCUCUCCUACUCUUCUUGCCAGGGAUUGAUGGCGUGGGACUUGGACUUAUUUUACAUCAUCAGAAACUGGGAAGGAUUUUUGAAAUGUGGUGCUUGCAUAUUCCAGUCACAGAUCGAACACCAUUUACAGAACUCGUGAAGAUUGUUGAGAGAACUAUUAGGUCCGAGAAUCAAAGCUGUCCUAACAGACCCAUAUAUCUUAUUGGAGACUCUUUAGGAGCAUGCCUUGCCCUGGCUGUUGCAGCCCGCAACCCUGAUAUUGAUCUCGCACUAAUUUUAGCUAACCCAGCUACUUCAUACAGCAGGUCGCAAUUACAACGUUUCACACCAUUAUUGGAAGCUCUUCCUAGUCAACUCUCUCCUGGUGUGCCUUAUUUUCUCAGUUUGGUGGCAGGUGAUCCUUUGAGACUGGUGUUGGAAAAUUUGGUGAAAGGACUUUCCGUGCAAAAUACUGCUAGAGAGCUUUUGGAGGAUCUUAAUAUGUUGUCAUCUUCCCUCCCUGUUCUAGCUGAUAUAUUGCCUAGAGAAACACUUCUUUGGAAACUACAGAUGCUUGAGUCUGCUUCCGCCUAUGCUAAUUCACGCCUUCAUUCCGUCAAAGCUCAGAUUUUGGUAAUUUGCAGUGGAAAGGAUCAGUUACUGCCUAGCCAACGAGAAGGUGAGAGGCUAUAUCGUUUGAUUCCAAAGUGUGAGCUUCGUAAAUUUGAAGACAGUGGUCACUUCCUUUUCCUGGAAGGCAAUAUUGACUUAUUAACGAUCAUCAAGAGCACUGCUUUCUACCGCCGUGGCAAGUAUCAUGACUAUGCUUCAGAUUUUAUACCACCAUCGCCUGAUGAGCUUAAAAACGUAUUGGAAACAUAUAGAUUGUUCAACACCCUCACAAGUGCCGUAAUGCUCUCAACUUUGGAGGAUGGAACGAUUGUAAGAGGCCUUGAUGGAAUCCCUUCGGAAGGGCCGGUCCUGCUAGUUGGGUAUCACAUGCUUCUGGGAUGGGAUUUAGUUCCUCUGGUUACCAAGAUUGCUUCAGAGAAAAAUAUCUUAGUACGAGGGAUAGCACAUCCAAUGAUGUUCAAGAGAUCAAAAAACGGGAAAUUGCCUGAAUUAUCUUCAUAUGAUUUGUACAGGCUUAUGGGUGCUGUUCCUGUCGCUGCAAAUAAUUUCUACAAGCUUUUCUAUUCCAAGGCUCAUGUCCUGCUUUAUCCAGGGGGGAUGCGUGAGGCUCUUCAUCGGAAGGGUGAGGAAUACAAAUUAUUCUGGCCUGAACAAGCAGAGUUUGUUAGGAUGGCAGCCAGAUUUGGAGCCAAGAUUGUACCUUUUGGCAGUGUUGGAGAAGAUGACUUGGGUGAGGUUGUUAUUGAUUAUGAUGACUUGAUCAAGGUUCCUUACUUUAGGACCGAAAUAGAAAGCUUAACAAAGGAGGCUGUGAUGUUGAGAGGUGAUACUAAGGGUGAAGUUGCAAAUCAACAAGUUCAUCUUCCAGGAAUUCUACCCAAAUUUCCUGGCCGAUUCUACUAUUAUUUUGGCAAACCAAUUGAAACUGAAGGGAGGGAGCGGGAAUUGAGAGAUAGAGACAAGUCUCAUGAAUUGUAUAUGCAAGUGAAGUCUGAGGUUGAGAGAUGCAUUGCUUAUCUGAAGGAGAAAAGAGAAAGCGAUCCCUACAGAUAUUUAUUGCCUCGUCUUCUAUACCAAACCACGCAUGGGUUUCCAUCUGAUGUUCCAACUUUUGAAAUUUGAAUGGUCUCUAUACUCAGCAUAGAUAAGUGGGCCAUAAGUUAACUUCCCAUGGGUUAAACUCGGUUAAUAACUUGAAGAUAUGCGAGAAAAAAAUUUUUUGCCGACUCUUUCAUCUUCUGUAAAAGUUAGAUGGUACUAAGAGAGAAUGAGAGAUCAUAGUUGGAAGAAUAUGUAGGUACGGGUAUCUUCUCUUCAGUCAAAUUUAUUGAUGGCGAAUGGUGAAUCGCGAAUGGAGGCAAAUGCUAGUACAGGACGAGGGACAAGAAUUUAUUAGUUUUAUUGCAACUAUGUUAAUGCUAUCGAUACCUGGUAAUGUCUUUUUUGCAACAGUUGAGGGAAAUGUCUUGUUAAAUACUGAGGCUGGCCUUACACGCAUGGCGUCAAUCACCUAAUAAUUUAAUAGUAUCAUAAAUCCUUUGUUUUGUUUUA